UCUGCUAUGAAAGAUUUAAGAAUCAGCAAUUACCAGCAGAAAAUUGUUGGGGUCAAGAGGCAGAGUGAAAUUUACAGGAAGGGUUUUGGUAUUGGAAAAUUAAACCUAACAACAACAGCAAAGAUGGUACAGAUGAAACUGGAUGGACAGAGGAGAACACAGAAUGUAGAGGGGGACUUCUAUGUUGAUCACAAAUGUAUAAAUUGUGAUGUCUGCCGCUGGAUGGCUCCGCAAGUUUUUGCUUUGGUGGAUAGGAAGUCUGCUGUUUAUAAACAACCAAGUUGCGAGAAAGAAAGGCUAAAUGCCCUUCAGGCUUUACUUUCCUGUCCGACGAGCUCUAUCCAUACAGAGAAACCUGCUCAUGAUAUUCUAGAAGUACAAGAAACUUUUCCACUACCAAUUGACGAGCAUCGAAUUCCAGGUGUUUAUCACUGUGGUUAUCAUUCCGAGGCAUCGUAUGGAGCAACAUCAUACUUCAUUACUCAUCCUGAUGGAAACAUACUUGUAGACAGUCCAAGAUACACAGAGAAACUCGCACAUAAGAUUGAGUUGCUCGGGGGAGCGCGCUACAUGUUUCUCACUCACAAGGAUGAUGUAGCAGAUCAUAAGAAGUGGUCAAAGAGGUUAGGAUGUCAUAGAGUUCUUCACUCACAGGAUGUCGAGGAUCAUACAGCUGAUGUAGAGACAAAGCUAGAAGGUGGCGGCCCAUGGAACCUUGGGAAUGAGUUUGAACUUAUCCACACUCCAGGACAUUCUAAAGGAUGUGUGAGCUUAUUCUACAAGCCACUCAAGGUCAUAUUCACAGGGGAUCAUUUUGGCAAAGAGCAGUCUGAACUGUCUAUUUGGGUACAAUACAAUCAUUAUUCAGGCCAUGGGAGGAGAGUUGAAUUUGAGGAUACCCAACAGAAGAAUGAGGCUAUAAAGGCUUUCUUGACUGUCAAAGGAGAAGCUCUAGGUCACUUCAUUUAAUAACUAAUGCAUGGUCAUUGC